AUUGCACGUUUCUUCACUCUUCUGCAUCUCCUGUGGUUCCCACGUCCGCGGUGUGGUUUGCAUCUGGAAGGGCAGCAGCAUGGCUGUGUAUAGCCGGAGGCACCCCCUGGAGAUUCCUCCUCCAUCUGAGAAGGACUGGCUGAAGGACCAGGAGGAGAAUUUCUUCCUGCAGGAUCCCGAGCGAAAGCGUGCUGCCUUGCCUCAGCCCUUCAGGAUGGUCAACAAACUGGUGAUGCUGGUUUUUGAGAAUGCCAUGGAGAUCAUUGAAAGAAGGGAGAUGCUCCAAGAGGCCCAAAAACUGAAGAGCCAGCCCACAAAAUGCUUUCCUGCAGCUGAAUUCCAGGUAACUGGAAGAGCCAAUUGCCUUGCAGUGUCUGGGACAUGCAUCUUUGUUGGCCUGUCCGUGGGUCUGGCUGCCUUCAGGGUGUCUGACUGCAGGGAGCUGAGUGCCUGGGAUGCAGCCAGCACAGAGAUUUGUGCUGUCCGUGCUUCGCAGCUGGGGAAUGGGCGCCACGUCCUGCUGGCUGUGGAUGAAAUGGGACUUGUCUGGCUCUUCUGCUUUCACAAGGAAAGCUUCUUGCUCGUUAAAAUCCUAAAUGAAGUGGAGGAUAUCAGGAUGCAAAGUACUUGUGUGGAGGUGGUGCUGUCUCCAGGAGGUGAUUACACAGGAGUCCUGCUGCAAGACAGUACAAAAGCUUGGCUGGAGAUCUACCAAUUGCCUAAGGAGUCCUGGCUGAAGGAGAUGGAAAAGAACUCAGGAGCUGCAACAGGGCUGGUUUGUGGGGAAAGGAGGUCAAGCUGGACAUCUGUGGAGUCUCAUGUGUCUGCAAACAAUGCUGCUGCAAAGCUGAGCCUCCCAGUGCUGCUGCUGAAGGUGAAGCCACCCAAACCCAUUACAGGCAGUAGUUUUAAAAGCCCUUUGGAUGCUCUGAAGGAAGUGGAUGAUGACAGCAUGCUUGGCCUGGGGUACAAUCACCUAAUCAAGGCCUCCCAGUGGGAGCUGCAUGAAGCAAUCUUCUGUAGAACUUACAAGGAGUAUCUGAAGGUGGUGGAUGAGGCAGAGUGCAAGGAGAAGACCCCCAGACAUGCUACUUUUCACUUCAUUUUGCCCAGCUGGAUCCUACAGGUGGGACCUGCAAUCAAAGUCCAGCCAGAUGUUGCAGCUGGCAUCAGUGUGCACUGGGAUGGAAGCCACAACCUCUGCUUCUACUCACUUCACCCACUCAAGGAGAGAGCAGAGUCUGAUCCAAACCCUGAUGUUGUGUGGCCAUGUGCAGCUCCAAUUGUGUGCUCUGCUGUUAGCUUCUGCUCCAGGUACCUGGCACUGGCAUGUGAAGAUGCAGCAAUAGCUAUCUGGGAUAAGCACCUAGGAUACCCACUCUCUGUGACUGCCAUUCCAGAGGAGCGUCGCAUCCGUAGCCUCCACUUCCUGCAGAGCUCUACAGCUGCCAGUGAUGAGACUCCUUGUCCUGGUGCAGCUCCUGCCUGCCCCAUGGUGCAGCUCCUAGUGCUGUGUACAGACAGCUCUUUCUAUUUGGUGAAAGCACCCAGGACUGGGAGGUCCAGCAUCACGCUUCUGGCAGACAGGCCUGAAGAUCCAGACCUUGCGGUCAGCGCCGUGGUGCCCGUCCUGGCCCUCCCCAGUGCAGUGAGUAGCAGUGCCAGCCCUCCUCACAGCUGGGGCAGGUCACAGGUCCACCUGGGCCAGGAUCCUGUUUCCAAUGUUAACUUGCUGUUUGAGGUGCUGGUCUUCUCCUGGGAUGGCAAGCUGUCCCUGAUGAACACUGCCACAUCACAGAUCCUUUGCUGCUUCACUACUCCACCUCCUCAUGCUGUAGCAUCCCCCUGGCAGCCAGUGUUCAGCAUGGAUGAUGUGAACUGCUGCUUGCUGCUUCGAGGAGAUAAGCAGCAGCAGGAGGAGGGAGAUACCUUGGCACACAACCACAGCACCAUCUUCCUUUUUGACUUCAACUCCUACCCACUGAAGGAAGCUUUCCCAAAGGAACCAGAUUUGCCUCUCAAAUCCUUACAGAACCUGCCUUGGAUGGAGAGAUGUAAGAAGUUCUUGUGUGAUAGGCAGCAGAAGCUGCUGGGAAGUGAAGAGGAGUUAUCUGAGUACUGGAGCUCACUGCAGGCACAAGCAGCUGCCAUGGACAAGGAAAGAGUGAAGGUGAAGGGUCAGAAGAAGCCAUAA